CCCCCCCAGCCCCACGGCCCGUAACCCCGCGUCUCGCGGGGCCCUCGGGGGCCCGGGGCGUGGAGGCACUGCGUGUGGCGGCGGCGCGGAGUGGGCCCCGCGUCGCCAGUCCCCGGCGGGCUGUCCAGAGGGCAGUGACCGAGCGCUCGGCCCGCUCCGACGGGCAGUGGACCGGAGCCCUACCAGCGGGCUCCACGCGGUCUUCGCCCUCGCUCCGCUGGCUGUCUCCGGGCCGCCAUGUUCGCCAAGGCCCUGGUCCCCUCCGGCUGCCGGGCCUCGCUGAACAGAACGCGAUCUUCUGAGCCCUGGCUGUUGACAGAGCCCCACUUCGGGGCUACACCGCUCCUGGACUCGCUCACUCCCCUCUCGUCGGAUUUGCCCCGGGCGGCUCGAAUCAACAAGUCUGCUUCCUUCCGUGCACCCCACCCUGGGUGCCGCUUACCACGUGUUUGUCUUCCACGUCCAAGACGUGGGACUCUCACUCUUGACUCUCCCAGGCUCCUUUCCAUCCUCAGCCGGAACCUUCUUGCUUUUUUACCUUUAACAUCGUCUCGACUACUUCCCUUUGAAAGUCCCCAGAGGAAAAAAAGGAAAUCAGAACCUAUAGAAACAAGUAACCAGAUUGACUUGUUGGCUCUUGGUACAGCAGUUGGUAGUAUUUUAUUAUACAGUACAGUAAAAGGAGAAUUACACAGUAAAUUAGUAAGCGGUGGACAUGACAACAAAGUCAAUUGCAUACAGUGGCAUCAAGACAAUGGCUGUUUGUAUAGUUGUUCAGAUGAUAAACAUAUUGUGGAAUGGAAUACACAGACGUGCAAAGUAAAGUGCAAAUGGAAAGGUGACAAUAGCAGCGUUAGUUCCCUGUGUAUCAGCCCAGAUGGAAAGAUGUUGCUUUCAGCUGGUCGAACAAUCAAACUGUGGGUUUUGGAGACCAAAGAACUCUACAGACACUUCACGGGACAUGCAACACCGGUUUCAUCACUUAUGUUCACUACUAUCAGACCUCCUAAUGAGAGCCAGCCAUUUGAUGGAAUUUCAGGUCUUUAUUUUUUAUCUGGAGCAGUACAUGACCGGUUACUUAAUGUCUGGCAGGUCCGGUCAGAAAACAAACAGAAGAAUGCAGUGAUGUCUUUCACAGUCACAGAUGAACCUAUCUAUAUCGACUUGACUUUGUCAGAAAACAAAGAAGAGCCCGUUAAGUUAGCUGUUGUUUGCAGAGAUGGUCAAGUUCAUCUUUUUGAACACAUAUUAAAUGGAUACUGCAAAAAGCCCUUUACUUCAAACUGCACAAUUCAGAUAGCGACACCUGGGAAAGGCAAGAAAUCAACACCAAAACCCAUCCCUAUUCUAGCAGCAGGUUUUUGCUCAGACAAAAAUUCCUUGUUGCUUGUAUAUGGCAAUUGGUUUCAGCCCACCAUUGAGCGAGUGGCUUUAAAUUCCAAAGAACCUCAUAUGUGUUUAGUAAGAGAUAUUUCAAACUGCUGGGCUCCAAAAGUAGAAACAGCUAUAACAAAGGUGAGAACACCAGUGAUGAAUUCUGAAGCAAAAGUGCUAGUGCCUGGGUUACCUGGUCAUCAUGCAGCCAUCAAGCCCGCUCCUCCACAAACUGAGGAAGUAGAGAACAAGAGAAAAUUAGGGGAAAAGGAGGUUAGCAUUGAAGAACGCCUGGGAGCACUGAAUAUAGAAUCAAAAAAAGAAAAGGAGGACCUACAGACAAACAGUUUCCCAGUUCUUCUGGCACAGGGUUUAGAAAGUAAUGAUUUUGAAAUGCUAAAUAAAGUACUUCAAACUAGGAAUUUAAACCUAAUAAAGAGGACUGUGUUAAGGAUGCCCCUGCAUGCUGUUAUUCCAUUGUUGCAAGAGCUUACAAAGAGAUUGCAAGGACAUCCUAAUAGUGCUGUUUUAAUGGUUCAGUGGCUAAAAUGUGUGUUAACAGUCCAUGCAUCCUACCUAUCCACAUUGCCUGACCUGGUACCCCAGCUGGGGACACUAUACCAGUUAAUGGAAAGCAGAGUAAAAACUUUUCAGAAACUUUCCCACCUUCAUGGAAAGCUUAUCCUUCUUAUCACACAAGUUACAGCUUCAGAAAAAACAAAGGGAAUGACUUCUCCUGAACAGAAGGCAAAAUUGGUGUAUGAAGAAGAAUCUUCUGAAGAGGAAUCUGAUGAUGAAAUAGAUAAAGAUUCUGAUGAUAAUUGGGAUGAAGAUGAGGAAGAGAAAGAAAGUGAAAAAGAGGAGGAGGUUGAUGAGGAGGAGGAAGAUGAGGAUUCGGAAGAAAAAGAUGAAGAAAAUGGUGAGGACAGAGAUGUGACAAGUGAAAAAGAAUUAAAUGGAGAUUCUGACUUAGAUCCUGACAAUGAAAGUGAAGAGGAAUGAAGGCAGAAAACAAGCCAGUGGAACUGUAUAGACUGGCUCACCUUCCCAGUGCUGAGAGUUCCCUGGGGAGGCUGGCUGACAGGAUGCCAAGGACCGACCGCUGCACAUUUCCCAGUUGCUGAUGGUGGUUCCCAGGCCCCUAGUCCUGAACAAGACUUAACUGUGUAAAUAUGAGUGUUUCAUUCAAAUGUUAAUAAACUUUACACAGUAAAUAGACACAUUUUCUGCAAUGUACUGACAUCAGUGUCGAAUAUAUGGUAUAUUUUUAUAAUAUAAUAUCCUAGUAUGACUUGGUUAUACCAAGAAUUGGCUUCAGUGAAGAUACAGACAUUUCCCAGAUAGGGUUCAAGACCUGGACUUGUGUGAAGGAGUCAGCUCUUAUCUCAGGUUGGUAUCUUUCACCAAAUCGAGAUAUGAAGCAGCACGAGGGAAAGGAAUUUUAAUUUGAUAAUUAUAAAAUAUGAAGGGAUAACAGAGAGUAAAAAUGUGAUUAAAAAAUGAAAUCACCAGUGUCCCUAGAUUGUCUAUUAACUGUGGUAAUCUGAUUUGAGUCAGAUUGGAUAUUUGGAGGGCUUCUCUAAAACAACCACUUAUUUUUUAAGCUGUCAUGUGAAAUAUUUUUUAAAAACAAAAUUAUGAUAAUUAAAAAAAUUCAAGAGUUAGCCAUAUUAAGGAUUUUUCUUGACUGCAAGUUGGCUGUAAAGAAUCAUUAGUGUAUAGAUUUCGAAGUGCUCAUUACCUGCAACUUUUAAAAAAUUCAGUGAUAGCUGCUUUUGAAGAGGUUUUCAUUUUUAUUUAAAUUACUAAUGGAUCAAAGAACAAUUGUUUAUUUUUUUCUCUUUGGUUUUAGAUAUUGAUGAUAACCUUGUUGGAGUUUUUUUCCAAAGAAAAUAUUUUUAUAAUUAAGUAAUUUAAUGUUUUCCUUUCUUUUCAUUACCCACUCGUGGCAGUGUUAGGGUAUCUGUUUACCUUUAAAAUAAUAAAUCUGACUCAAGAUUUUUUAUGUAUGUAUAAAUACGUAUUUUGGUGUGCCACAAACGCCUUUUCAAAUUAGUGAUUUUUUUUAAAAACAUGCCAGUAUUUGUUUAGUGCUCUCUAGGGAACAUGCAGAUGGAAGCUCACCCCUUAAGGAAGGGCUGGGGAGAUGGGUUUAAUUUUCCCAUCUGUGAAUAAGUAAAACAAAGCCAUUAUCUUUGAGGGACUUUUUAACCAUCUAUGUUCAACUAAUAGCGCUGGAGCGGGAGAAGUAUCUUGGGAAAGUGAGUUUGAGCCAGCUACUGUUAUAAUGUACAGUUAUAUUUGUCUAUAAAUGGAGCCGUUUAUGGGAAUUUAAUACCAUUCUCUUUGUAAAGUGAAUAAAUAUUCAUCUUUAUCCA